AUGGACAGCCCAGCAGAGACCAAAAUUUGGAAAGCAGAGAAAGAUCUUUUCAGGAACAAGAUCUUGAGCCGAGGUGACCAUGUUGAGUAUUGACAGAGAGAGGGUAUUAUGGCUAGCAAGUUGUUUUCUGAUAUAAUUUACAAGAACACAUUCAGAGUGAUGAGAAGAGAUGAAAUACUUAGAAUAUCCUUGUUUUUAAUCAACUGGAAGAGGAAAAGAUUGUUAAAUGAAGUAUUUGAAAACAUUCGAAGAGUAGAGAUAAGAACGUUUUAUUUGGCUUGCACUGAAAAUACAAAGAUUCAGAUCAGGUAUUGGAAUCAUAUGAGUAAGAUUUUUCAGAGUGGCCUUCAAGUUGUGCUUCUAUAUGGCAUAAAGUUAGGAAAGAAGCAAUAUUUGACAGUUUUUCAAUCAACUACCAUGUCUAAAAUGGUUCUAAGAAUGUGCCAUUUCGCAUUUGAUUCAUCCAAAAUUGACAAAAUUCCUCCUCCUUGAGUGCUUCAGAAACUCUAUCUCACCCAUUACUCUUCAGAUACAAAGAUUCCAUUAUACUACCAGACUCUAAAGCCACUAGAAGAAGCAUGUGGGAAGAGCUUGAGAAUAGUAUCCAUCACGCCUGGAAGCACAGAUAAGACAUUCUAUGAAGGCCCCUUAUUCUUGCUCAAAAAUUUUGAAAAUACUGAUUUCAUAUUCGACUAAAUGAACGAAGAAAUUAUUCUCAAGAAAAGAGAAGAGAAUCAGAUUGUAAUUGCCAAUAUUUUGUAAGAGGAUUAGAACCUAGA